UCUGUCACAUUUGUAUUUGAUUUUCCUAACAGUCUUUUCCGAUUUCAGUCAGAUUUCUACCGUCAUCGCUUUUGCCUUUAAUUCUUAUAUUUAUAUCGGUACAUCAUACUUUAAACAUAUGUAAAUACAGACUUGUUGAAAUUAUAUACUACAUAUUUAGUGAAUUAGUUACUACUCUUAAAACUUACAAUGGCACUGAGGCAAAUAAUUCAAGAUAGUAAUGAUUUUCUAAGCCAAAUUACCCAGGAAUUCAAGAAAUAUGAAGAGGAGAGAAAUAUCUUUUCGACCACAGUUAUUGCAGCAGUGCAAAAAGGUGACCGUUCAACAAUAGAAAAAGCUCUCAAAAAUCAAUUUCCGAAGGAAAAUACAGUAUUAAAAGACAUUACAACAGAUGUUAUCAAUGAAACAACUAUCAAGCAAGAGCCAAAAUGGUCAGAUGCACCAUCAGAAAAUUCUCAGUCGAAUGCAGCUUCUGUUACUAAGAAGGACAUGCCUCCACCUGCACUGGUGCCACUAAAAAAGAAGAAAAUCAAAGAAGAAAAGUCUACAGUUGAGGUGGUUAGGAAAUCUGCAAGAACUAAAGGAAGAAAGAAGUUAUCGAAGAACUCUGACAAAUCGACUGAACGACCAUCUGAUGUGGUUAUACAAGAGCCGCCUGUCCCGACAGUAGAUUUAGAUGAAGAGGAUCAGCCUGCCAGCUCAGUAAUGUCAGAAGAUAGCUCUGUUGCAAAAACGACCAGGAGGACACGGUCAAAGGCGGUAAAGAAAACUGCAAACUCUGGAUCCACAACAGACAAAGAAAAAGAGAAAGCUGCUGGUCAGUCAAACAAUGACAAACCUGUAAGAAGUACUCGCACGAAAACUAUUAAGAAGAGUCAGAAGAGGUCUGUGUCCGGAUCACCAGAAAAGUCGAGUUCAUCAGAGGUUUUUAGCAAAAAGUUAAAACUAUCUUCUUCACCUCAGAAAAAAGCCAAUGAUGAAGCUCCCAAGGAAGUUGCUAAUCUGGAAACGACAUUCACGAAAUUACCAGAUGCGCGGGCUACUUUUAAGAUAGAACCCAGCUCCGACUUUCCGUUGAACAGCACAAUAGUCGUUGAAAAUCCAAAGUUGCUCAAAGAUGGCACUACCGCUGCUGGAUCUAACGCCAGUAACCAAAAGAAGAAUCAUCAGAAUAAGGUGAAUGGGGACGUGUUUAGUCCUGUUAGAUCAAAAGUGAAUGCUUAUGAAGAACUCAUCAAGAAACGGACCACUCCAUUGUCUAAAGCGGGUGCUAAAGCCACCUCACCUAUGUCCAGGCUUCCAGUUGUCAAAGCUGCUUCUUCCAAGCCGAAUAAAUAUUUGCCAUCCGCUCAGCCUCAGCAAAAGUUGUCGAUAAACCUUCCUGCAGCUCAGUCUAACAGUGCAAUGAAAGCGUCAUUAGCUGAAAUGAAAGAGAGACAGAAGCAGCGACAGGUAAAGGAGAUGGAAGCUUUGAGGAAGAAAGAAGCACUUUUGCAGGCUCAAAUGGAAGAAAAGAGGAAGAAACGGGAAGAGAAACAACUAAAAGCGCAACAGCAACGUGAACAACUGGAAAGAGAACGUAGCAGAACGCGAGCAGAUCAAAUAAACAAAGUAGAGGAGAAAACGAAGAAAAUAAUGGCCGUUAAAGAAGAGAAGCUCCAACAUUUCAAGGAGCUACAAGAGAAAAAACGGCAGAUUGCCAAGGAGAGACACCAAAAUCAAGUUAUCCCGAAUUAUUUAACUACACCGUUGCCUUUGUUGCCGAGCGACAGUCCUUAUGAUUCGGAUGACGAGAGAUACACUAAAAAAAGUAUGCCCUCGUGGGCUAAAGAUGAUUUAGCGCUUUUGGCACAGUGCCAAUUCCCGGAUAAAGUGAAGAACACGUUCUUCUGCCGCAAGACACACACUCCAGAUGUCUUGGAACUGUUUGAGGUUGUUGAUCCGAAGAGGACGAAAAGGACGUCUAGUGCUGUUUGGGACAAAGCCCCAUCAUAUUCGAUUUUACACGUUACACAAGAUAUUGUGGAGUCAUCCGAUUCCAGUUAGUCUUUAAGUUUUUAAACUUGAACAGACCGGUUGAAGUGGAUUUUAAAGAGGGUACGAGUCAACACUCGAUUUUAAAGUAGAUGUUUCUCAAAGAAAGAUUAGUGUUCUGUAUAAGAGCAACUGCUCAUAUCCAAUAUUUUGCGUGAACCUCCAUAAACUUGCAUCGGUUUUUACCACACGCUAUAAUUUUUUCGUUGUAACCAUGUGCCGAUUAAACUGAUUCAAGACUUGAAAAUAUGGCAAUCAAGUUGGGAAAAAGUCAGUGGCGUAGAAAAUAUUCCUUUUCUGGGGUCAAAAUGUACCAGCUUUAGUGCUCCUUUUGAGCGCGGAAUACGUGAAAAAAGUGCUGGGGGAGGAGAUCAGGAUUGAUGUUCAGGAGGAUGCCCGUCACGAGGAGGAGGGUAUUGCAGAUUGAAAAUUGAAAACAUGCAAUUUUUUAAACAAAAAUAUUUUGCAUUAAACUGAGUGAUUCUUUCAUUCUGUGAUUACUUUGUUGCACAAACAAGAUAGUAACAAACUAAUUAAACAAUAUUUAAAAUGUCAAUGAAGUAAAAAGUUACAAUAAAAAGUGUUUAAAGUCAGUUUUCUAGAAACAAUGAUUUUGUUACAUUUACCCACUUGUGUCUGGAACAAUGUUUAAAAACUUUUGUAACGUUUCGUUCGCCUCUGUAGGAUUGUAUGAUGGCUUCCAAAAAGAAAUUGUGAAAUGAAAGAAUGGUUAAGAUGAAUUGCCUGGAUGUAUUUUGAUCUACUUCAAACGGUUUUUGAUUUUAUUUUUUUCUGAAUAUAUCUUGUCAUUGUCUUAGUAUUACUUUAUGAUAUAAAAAUAUUUUUGCAUUUCUAAAUAAAAUAAAACAUAGAGAAUAACGUUCGUUCAUUUCAACAUCAUCAUCAUCACCAUCGUAGCGUUUUACUUCCGCCGCCUACUGGCGAAGAU